AGAAACGCGGUCGCUUGCCCUUCAACCCACAGAAUCCUUUUCCCCAAAAUCUCCAAUCUUUUGCGUAGAGAAAUGGAGAGCCCCGUCUCUUAUAAUUCUCUCUUCUAAUUCUCAGAAAGUUUAGGGGGUUAUUUGCAAAAUGAGCCUCGCCGUCGCCGAGAACCGGCCGCAGCAGCAGAAUGCCGGCUGCGUCGGCAUCAUCUUCCAGCUCUUCUCCAAGAAGAAGCUCUUCUCUAAAACUAAGAAGCUCCUUCCUCCAGUAAAAAACUUCGCCGCCGACGACAAGAUGCCCACCGUCAAGCUAUUUCUGAUUGCUGAAGAGAACAGAGGAGGAUUCCCAAAGCUUGAAUCUGAGCCUGACCCAGAUCUUGAAAGCCAAAUGCAGGCCCCUGGGGUAGUCGCUAGACUCAUGGGGCUUGAGUCAAUGCCUGUUGUUGACGCUGAGAAGCCGAGAAAAGCAUUGGACUCUAAGUUUUGUAGUGAUAGUGGUGGGCAUUCUCGGCUUGAUCAAGGGCUGUGUCUGGUUUCUGAGAGCAAUUUGCAGAAGAGUAGAGGAGGGUUUUUAGAGAGGUUUCCGGUUGAGGCUUUGCACAAGGGUUUGAUUUAUGGGUCGAAGAAGAAACACCAUAUGAAACUUGAGGUGCCCGUUAAGAGCCCACGGUUGAAUUCCAGGAGUAGCGCAUCACGGUUUGUUCAUGUUGCUAAUAGGAUUUUGGAGCCCGGGUUGCAAUCAAAAAGGAAUGGGGCUAAGCAAAUUACUUAUAUUCGGUCCUGGGAAGAAAAUAGAGAGGGAGAUCAGAAAAGAUCGCAUGAUUUUGUUGCUGGUUCUUCCAAGAUAAAUGAGAGUUCGUUAGGACUAAAAGAGAGUUUGGUUUCUGAGUGUGGGGCUUCUAGCUCGGAGUUAAGUAGCGGGUAUGAAGAGAGGAAGAAGAUAAAACCAUCAGUUGUGCUUAGUGGGCAAAGCAAAAAUGGUUUAGUACCCAUUCAACCUAUGCUCAAGGCCGAGGAGGUGUGUAAGAUGAAGAAAUCACGGGUUGUUCCUAAUAGAGAUAUAAAUAAUAGAUCUCCAGUCACAAAAGCCAAACUCAAUGUCGAGAGUAGAGCUAACAAUCAAAUAGGAAGUAAGAAAAUUUUGGCGAGUGUUGGAGAUCAAUACGGAAAGCCUGUUCUUAGAAACAACAACCCGAGGCAUAGUCAAUUGUUACUAGUUAGAGAUACAUCGGUCCGAACUGAGACGAAGGUAAAUCAGUUUAAUAGGGCCAAGAAUUUUGUAGCCAUGAACAAGAAUCUCAACAAUUAUACUCGGUCGAGGUCACCAACAAAGGUAUCUGGAAGUUGUAGAACUGAGUCGGAGAGGAAUGGUUUGGAAAAGAACUUGGCUCGGAAAAGAAGUCAAACCUAUAGUAAUUUAGAAAAUUACAACGGGAACUUUGUCAAGGAAAAAUGUGUUAUUAGUAAUGUAAUGAGCAGAAAAGGGACUGGAGCCACUAGUAAUCAGCCCGGCAAAGGAAGUCGCAUAAAGAGUAACUCGUCAAAGAUGGAUUGUGACAAUUCCACUACGAGUAACAACGACAGUAUAGUUUCUUUUACAUUUAAUUCUCCGAUGAGGCAAAAUUCCAGGUCUACAACUCAUGAAGAAAUGGCUCAAGUGAGGAGAAGCCAUGGUGAACUGAGGCGUGAUGCUUGCCGCUCCAAAAAAUUGAUGUCAGACGCAAAGAGAGGAAGCUCAUCAGUUCUGAAGGAAAUGGCUUUGAGAGGAGAUGAAUUAAGCUGUCUUUUAGAAGAGAAAAUCAAUGAACUGUCUUCUUUGGACAAGGAUAAGGAAUUGGUGCAAGGAAAAUCCACUUUUUCCAUUCUUGAAGAACUGAUUUCAGCCCUUACAAUGGGAGUUCCUGAAUCACAUAAGAAUGGCGAAAUCUGUUUUGAUGCAGCCAAUGAAAUGAAAAGCGACUUUUUACAUAAGCAAAUGAUUAACAGCAAUGACGAGUUUGAGGAGGAAACCCAACAUGACAUUACUGUAGAUCAGUUGGCUGGUGUCAGUGAACAGCCAAGUCCAGUAUCAGUUCUUGAGGCAUCUUUCUCAAACGACAGUUGCUCACUGGGGAGUUUUAAUGAAAGUUCAGGAAACAAAACACAUUUUGGUUUGCCAGAAACAUUUAACAAUACAAAGUCAUUGGAUAUGGACUCCGAUCUUUUAGAUUCAGCGUCCUCCUCAAAUAUCAGUCAGUCCCUCAACAAAACUCCAAUCAAGCACGAAGCUGAAAUUCUCGAAACUGAGUUAAGCACUGCCAGCGAAACAGUUUUAGAUACUGAACUGCUAUUUGAGAGCAUCUACGGUUCGACAAAGUAUUCUCUCGAUUCAUUUCUUCUCGAUACUCUAGAAAGCAUUAUAGAUGUUCUCUCUCUAGAUUUCAAGCCAAAGGAAGGAAACCAACUCCGUGAAUUUCUAUACGAGUGUGCGAAUGAAGUCUUGGACUCAAAAUUCACCCAUUCCUGUUGGUUGAAAUUGCCUUUAUACCUGACCCGAGACUGCUUGAUGAGAGAAAUUCAAGUAGAGAUAAAAGGAUGGAUGGAUUUGGCUGGAAAAGGCUUGGAUGAUCUUAUUGAAAAGGAAAUGAAAGAAUCGAAUUUAAAUUGGACGGUGUGUGAGAUCGAAGCAUUUGAGACUGGAGUACGAAUUCAGGGCGACAUACUUCACGAAUUGAUCGACGAAAUGGUGGUAGAUUUAUGCUGAAAAAGUUUGGUAAAGUUGUUUGUUUUUGAAUCUAGAUGGAGAUCUUGUUUGUGCAAGGGCGAUGGCAGUAUGUACAGGCGCUUUGGUAUUUGGUGGAUGGGCUGUUGUGGUGGAGGGAUUAUUUUAUGUUCAAUAUGUUCCACAUAAGGCAAAUUAACUUCCAUUUUAUCAUCAGCAUUGCUUGGCCUUGUUUGAUGUUAGAGUUGACUUGUUUUUGUAUGCUAUAUGUUGAUGAUUGGUUGAUGCUGUGAUGAAGUUGCCACCAUGAGUGCAAUCAAUCCUCACUACUGUCUAGAAAAUAUUUUCCAAUAAAUAUUGGUUGUUACCA